CACCAUGAUUGAAGAAUGCAUAAUAGUCCCAGUACGCAGUGAUAUACCAUAUAAUAGAAGCACCUAAGUGAUAUACCAUAUAAUAGAAGCACCUAUAUCCAAUAUAUAUAUAACUAUAGAGAUCUAAAUGGAGAUGUUUAUCUUAUUCUAUUUUCAUUAAUGAGAAUCAUUCUCUUUUUUUUCAUUAAUUAGAAUCACACACAACCCAUGGGCACCUCUUUCUAUACGGAUCUGAUUGACAACCCAAUCCGUAGCAAGGAAAGACUCUGUUAAUUCACAAACUAGAGGAGUAGCCGACAGGACGGAGGCAGCUACCCGACUCGUACGAGGAUCCCCUGUCAGAAUGAGGACUUAGUUUCUAGUAUGAGAGUCUAGCUUCUAAUCCGGCAGGGACUAUUUUCAACCAUAGAAUAGAGGCCCUUCCCUAGCAACAUCUUAGUAAUUAGCACUUUUCUCGAUUGAUACAAUGAACCGAUUCUCUUCUCUUUAACAGCUUUUUUCUCAUCUCUUUCACUGCUUUUUUUCUAUUCUCUUUAAUGCUUUUUGAAGGGCCUAGCAAUAGUGCAAGUAUAAGCUUCUGGGUGCAGUGGUGGCUACCGACAACAGCCUUACUGAUACGCUAGAACAAGGUGGGUUCGGUCACUCACGCUAUAAUUUCGCCGUCAUUUUCAAUAUCUCAGCCCCGUUCGUAAGGGCCCCUCUCUGAAAAGGAAGGAAAGUCACUUCCACUUUCAUGACCAAUAAGGUAAUUACAAAUCUGGUCCGAUGGCUCUUCUCCACAAACCACAAGGAUAUCGGUACUCUCUAUUUUCUCUUCGGUGCCAUUGCAGGAGUGAUGGGCACAUGCUUUUCCGUACUGAUUCGUAUGGAAUUAGCUCGACCCGGCGAUCAAAUUCUUGGUGGUAAUUAUCAACUUUAUAAUGUGUUAAUAACGGCUCACGCUUCUUUAAUGAUCUUUUUUAUGGUUAUGCCGGCGAUGAUAGGUGGAUCUGGAAAUUGGUUUGUACCGAUUCUUAUAGGUGCACCUGACAUGGCAUUUCCACGAUUAAAUAAUAUAUCAUUCUGGUUGUUGCCACCAAGUCUCUUGCUCCUAUUAAGCUCAGCCCUAGUAGAAGUGGGUACCGGCACUGGGUGGACGGUCUAUCCGCCCUUAAGUGGUAUUACCAGCCAUUCUGGAGGAGCAGUUGAUUCAGCAAUUUCUAGUCUUCAUCUCUCAGGUGUUUCAUCAAUUUUAGGAUCUAUCAAUUUUAUAACCACUAUCUUUAACAUGCGUGGACCUGGAAUGACUAUGCAUAGAUCACCCCUUUUUGUGUGGUCCGUUCUAGUUACAGCCUUCCUACUUUUAUUAUCACUUCCGGUACUGGCAGGGGCAAUAACAAUGUUAUUAACCGAUCGAAACUUUAAUACAACCUUUUCUGAUCCUGCUGGAGGGGGAGACCCUAUAUUAUACCAGCAUCUCUUUCGGUUCUUCGGUUUUCAAAGGCCCUUUUCUGAUUCCAAUCGGAAUACGCAUUGCGCUAUAUGCUGGGACUGUCUGCUUAAUGGUACUCCUACUAUGUUCAUAAGUGGUUUUCUAGUCAAACCCCGAUCUAGUCAAAAUGGAGUAUCUAAGACACAAUCAGCAGGUAACCAACGACAUAAAAGCAGUCUAGUAGGAACCUCAGAGACUACAUGCGCAACAACUUAUCCUAAAUCCUUCUGUGAGUGGCUAGCAGGAAUUCUCGAUGGUGCUGGAAGUAUUCAAGUUAGUAAACAAGGAUCUACUUCUCUGGAAAUUACUAUGGGACUUGCAGAUCUACGACUACUACGAUAUAUCCAACAUAUGCUUGGUGGAAGUAUCAAAAUUCGAGCAGGUGCUAAAGCUUAUCGUUAUCGACUACAUAAUCAACUUGGUAUGAUUCAACUAAUCAAUAGUCUUAAUGGUAAUAUUCGACAUUCAGCACGACUACUUCAACUACAUCGUGUCUGUCAAGUACUUGAUAUCCCUUUCAUUCUACCUAUUACACUAGAUGCUCAAUCCAAUUGGUUUGCAGGAUUCUUUGAUGCUGAUGGUACCAUUGGUCUCGCUAUGAAGCAUCGACUACCUCAACUAAGUAUUCGAGUCAAUAAUAAACUUCUACAAGAUUGUGAGUCUUAUAAGGUCGUAUUUGGAGGAAAUAUCUACUUUGAUAGUAGUCAAAAUGGUCACUAUCAAUGGUCUGUACAAAGUCGAAAAGAUGUUAUCAUGAUGCUAGAUUACUUUAAAUCAAGUACUUUCCGAAGUAAUAAAUCACUACGAUUCUUCCUUAUUGAGGAAUAUUACAGUCUUUACGAUCUCAAAGCAUUUCAACCUGACAGUAUUCACCAUAAAGCAUGGCUAGCUUUCCUAGACAAAUGGAAUAAGUUGAUGAUAUAGUCCACCUUUCUUCUAUUCAUCCGCGAUGAUAUAGUCUACCUUUCUUCUAUUCAUCCGCUUAUAGUAGUAGAAGAGAGAAGCACCCUGAAGUUUACAUCCUAAUUCUGCCUGGAUCCGGUA